CAGGAAACCACAAAACAUUAUUUCUUCUCUAGGUACAAUACUCUCAGUUCACACAUCUGCACCCAGUUGUAGUCGAUAAUCAUAGCAAUGGCCUCCACCAACAGCUGGACCCUGGAGCUUGAGUCGAAGGUGGCCGCGUCGCGCAAGUUCCGCGCCUGCGUCAUGGACUGGCACAAUCUGGCACCCAAGCUCGCCCCACACAUCUUCGACAGCGCCCACCAUGCUGAAGGAGAUGGCGGCUUCGGCAGCGUCAGGCACUACAACUGCAACUCAGCCAUGCCCUUCAACGUCAUGAAGAAGAAGGUCGAGUUCCUCGAUGUGGACAAGUGCGAGUGCAAAUAUACCAUUGAGUGUGAUGGCACUGAGAUGGCCACAUUUAACGUCAAGGUGAAGCCAACGGCCAACGGUGGGAGUGUGGCCAAGGUGGAAUGCACGUACAAGGGCGUGGGGGGGAAGGACAAGAUGCUCAAGGCUAAGGACUCUGUCGCUGAGAUGUUCAACACUGCCGAGGCCUACCUCAUCGCCAACCCGGACGCGUACAACUAAUUCAAUAAAGAGGGAUCAUAUAUAAUAAUGGUGCUUUCUCUUCAAUCGAAUAAAACUGCUCCAACCUCUAGGUGGUAUGACAGAUCAAGCCAGGUGUGGACUUAUUAAGUUAAAAAUACCGCGAGUACUUGUAACCGUGAAAUCAAUAAUGGUUUAAAGAAAAUGGAGUGUGGGUUUGUAUGAAGUUGCUGUCACUUGCUUAUGUAUCUUCCUCAUGGUUCGCACAAGAAUAAAAGGAAGCAUGUGAAAUACAUGACACUCUUAUUUGGAAUU